AUGGCUAGUGCAGAUGAUUGCUUUAGUGAUCUUGAAGACGAUGAACUGGAUAAACUGUAUGAAAAGGCUAUCAAUAAAAAUGUCCAAGAAACCAUAACGAGACGAUCCGUGCCGGUUCAAAGAGAUCUUCAUAACAAUGUUCUACCUGGGCAGAAAACCGUGUACGAAGAAAUUCAAAGAGAAGUCAGUUUUGGGCCUACACAUCAUGAGCUGGAUUGUGAUGCUUUAUCAUUUUACGUGUACCCUACAAACUAUGAGGUGAGAGAAUAUCAGUACAAUAUCGUUUAUAAGUCUCUAUUUGAAAACACGUUGUGUGCCAUUCCUACAGGUAUGGGUAAGACAUUCAUUGCUAGUACUGUAAUGUUGAAUUAUUUUCGUUGGACUAAAAAAGCAAAAAUCAUCUUUACUGCCCCCACAAGGCCCCUGGUAGCUCAGCAGAUAAAGGCAUGCUUGGGUAUAACAGGAAUACCCUCUGAUCAAACUGCCAUCUUGUUGGAUAAAAGUAGAAAAAAUAGAGAAGAUAUUUGGGCUAGUAAGAGGGUUUUCUUCGCCACACCCCAAGUGGUGGAGAAUGAUCUGAAAAGAGGCGUUUUGGACCCUAAGGACAUUGUAUGUCUUGUCAUAGAUGAAGCUCACAGAGCGACUGGUUCCUAUGCGUAUACGAACGUAGUUAAUUUCAUAGACAGGUUUAAUUCAUCCUACAGAUUACUGGCAUUGACUGCUACGCCUGCUUCUGAUCUAGAAGGUGUUCAAGAAGUAGUUAAUAAUUUAGGUAUCUCCAGGAUUGAAAUUAGAACUGAAGAAAGCAUGGAUAUCGUCAAAUAUAUGAAAAAAAGAAGAAAAGAAAAAAUUGAGGUACCUCUUUCAUUAGAAAUUGAGGACAUAAUUGAGCAGUUGGGUAUAGCUGUCAAACCUGUGCUCCAACAGGCAGUGGAACUGGGUAUAUACGAAGAAUGUGACCCCUCACAAAUAAAUGCCUUUAAAGCCAUGCAACAAAGCCAAAAAAUCAUCGCGAAUCCUUCUAUACCUGAAGGAAUCAAAUGGAGAAAUUUCUUUAUUCUACAACUUUUGAACAAUCUGGGCCAAAUGUUAAAAAGAUUAAAAAUUUAUGGGAUAAGAACAUUUUACAACUAUUUUCAAAAUAAAUGUACGGAAUUCACUACAAAAUAUAACCUCAAAAAAUCUACUAAUAAAAUUGCAGCUGAGUUUUAUUAUCAUCCAAUUUUGAAAAAUAUCAAAAAGCAGUGUGAACACUACUUGAACGAUCCGAAAUUUGUAGGUCAUGGGAAACUACAAUGCGUCAAGGAUGAAUUAAUGGAUUUCUUUCAGAAAAGUGGUUCUAACUCGAGGGUAAUCAUUUUUACAGAGCUUAGAGAAAGUGCACUUGAAAUUGUGAAAUUCGUAGAUUCGAUAGGCGGUGAUCGAAUCAGACCUCAUAUAUUCAUUGGGCAAGCCCGUGCAAAAGAAGGUUUUGAUGAAGUCAAAUAUACAAGGAAACAUGCGCCAAAGGGAAGGAAGAAGACGGAAAGGUUGAAAAGGCAAGAAGAGGAAGAACUCUUGGAAACUGAACGUCGUAAGAGGGCGGAAAACGAUAAAUUCGAAAGAACUGCAAAACGAACGGGAAGCUCUGAAGAGGCACAGAUUAGUGGGAUGAACCAAAAAAUGCAAAAGGAAGUUAUUCAUAACUUCAAAAACGGUGAAUAUAACGUUCUGGUUUGUACUUCUAUUGGAGAGGAAGGUCUAGAUAUCGGGGAAGUUGAUUUAAUCGUUUGCUAUGAUACUACAAGUAGUCCAAUCAAAAAUAUUCAGCGUAUGGGUAGAACAGGUAGGAAACGGGAUGGUAAAAUACUAUUACUGUUUAGUAGUAAUGAAUCAUACAAAUUUGAGCGGGCUAUGGAGGACUAUUCAACUCUUCAAGCUCAAAUAUCUAAACAAUGCAUUGAUUACAAAAAAUCAGAUCGAAUAGUUCCAGAAAACAUCAUUCCUGAAUGUCGCGAGACCCUGAUCACAAUUGAUGAUGAGGACGAAGUAAUCAAUGAAAUGGAAGAUGUUGAUGAAGUUAUUCGUUAUGCUACUCAGCGUAUGAUGGGCAAAAAGCCAAAGGUAAAAAAAAGUACAACGAGGGGAAAGAAGGCCAAAGAAAAUAAAAAGACGAAGAAGUUCUUCAUGCCAGAUAACGUUGAGACCAGUAUUGUUAGUGCAAGCAGUUUACUUAAUAAGGUUAUAUUGAACGAAAAUGGUGGGAAACAAUUAGCAACUGAUAAUGAAAAUUCUAGCAAAAAACGGAAAGUCUUCAAGGCUUUGGACAACUUAGAAAAUGAUUCUACAGAGGAGGCCUCCUCUUCUUUAGAAACUGAGGAUGAAGAAAUGAGUGAUAAUAAUGAGGCAAUUUUCAUCACGAAUGGACAAAACGAAUCCCGAAAUAAAAUGAAAGUUACCGCUAACUUUAACGGGGGAAAUGUUGCACUAUCCAAGCAAGCUCUCAAUUAUGCCAAUCCCAGUAUGGCUAUAUUUGUGAAUGACUGUAGUUUACCAGCCAAAAACGACAAGGAAGUAAAAACCAUUCAAGAGAAUCAGCACCAUCUUGAAAAAGAAGCAAAGGAUGUUUACGAGAAUAACCUGUUACUGACUUCAAGUGAAAAAGAUCUAUUCAGGAAACAUUAUGUACCGGAGGGUACUUCCUUUAACGUUGAGCCAAGUCUUGUACAAUACACCAAGAACAUCAACGUACCACACUGUCAGAAGGUUUCAGAGGUCAUCUCCUUGUUUGACGACGAGAGAAACGAUAAUAAGAAGAGAACAAUUGACAUGAACUAUACCAAAUGUUUGGCGAGAAGCAUGUUACGGGAUAUGCAGAAAGUUUCGAAGGUUGAGGAUAAGAGCCAGUCAGAUAAUAGUUUCAACCAUGAAUCAUCCCAGUCUUUGACCUUAUCAAAUGCUGAGUUAGAUGACAUACUGGGCUCAGAUUCGGAUUUUUGA